AUUACUCGAGACGGCCCGGGUGUAGUUAGCGUCGACUCGCCGUUUUUAGUCCGCGUCUCCUCAACCAUGCCAGCUCCAAUUCUUAAAUUAAGCCAUGUCGCAGGAACACCAAGGUCGUGACAAUACAAGAAAUUCACGGCAAUCACCCACAGAUAUUACCGGUUCCCCCUCGGCCAGGCAUCUGGCAUUUGGAAAUCAUUCCUCGUGGGAAGGCGACCUCGUUCCUAGGGAUUAUCUUGGAACACCAUCGGACCGUCUGAUCAACCUGCCUUCCGGGCCUACUGCCAUUGCCUCUCCCCGCAAACCUACCAAACCUACCCCGUCUCUCUCAAGGACUAGCUCCCAGCCCCAGUCUUCUGCCCUGGAAAAUCCCGGUCUUUCACAACAUCUACCACUACGGGAUAUUGUUCAUUCCGCAAGCUAUUCCAAUAAAAGUCAACUAUCACACGCUGCUUUUCCGGCGCCUCCGUCGACUACGGACUCGACCAUAUCUUGCCCACCAGGGACGACGCUGCUGCCCAGCAAAUCCGAGCAGCAUGAUAGAAACAUGAAUGAACAAACAGACAGCAGCAAUCCGCGCAAGGAUUCGGACGCAACGGAGUCAGUUCAGUCAGCGACGUCUUCCCCGAUAUCUUCCGUCAAAUCUUCGCGAUCGAUGACCGGCGAGCGCACGGUAUUGGGCCAGCGCACAAUGCCCCGAACCUCGUCUAUCGACUCCGCGAUAUCCUCCCUUUCUUCUGUUUCGCAGUCGCAUAAGACUUCCUUCGAUGCGACCGCGUUGAGCCAGGCUGAUAUCGGGAACCUCAUCGCUACUGCAGGUUCUGCCGAAGCAGUCAUCAUACAUCUUUUGAAGGAAAAGCACCAUGCUGCGUCUCAAAACUCCCAACUAUGGAGAUUAGUCGAAAAGCAGCGCACUAUGGUCCUCGGGCUGAACAAAGACCUCGAGCGCGCUUUGAAGGAAAAAGAACGCUACAAGAAAAAAGUCAAAGAGCUCCAAACCCCGACGCCCCCUUUACCAUCUGUUCCAGGUUCGCAAGCACAGCACAAGUUCCCAAGCAACAAUGACGAGGCUGCCCGCCAAACAACUGCGGGGGGGAAUCCGCCCUCAAUCCAAGCCACACACACGGGCAGGUCUGAACUCGGGGAGGCGAAGCGGUCAGGUUCUGAUAGCGAAGGAUUGAAAAACCUCCACGAAAUUGACCCAUCUCUCGCAUUGCGAAAAGGACAUACAAAAGCCAGCCCGGGAGGAAUACUGGAUAGGUCGCAAGGACAAAGCUCCCCAGAUCCACCAACGUUGGUGUAUGCACGACAGGAACUAUCAAGGACAAGUCCAACCUCGCUUACAAGUUCCAAUUCUGCCGGGAAUGAGCAUACCGAAGCCGAAUAUAGACAGCAAAAUGUAUCGCCCCAGGCGCGAAAACCUCCCCCCGCCCCGCUUAAUCUUAAUCAUCUCGACCAUACAGCCAUAAACCACCCUGGACCAUAUGACUCCGAUUCCGACUACGAAGAUAUUUUGGCCGUGGACGAGUUGCCAGUGGAUCGCGGACGGAGAAAGACGAGGGAUGAGGAUGAUCGAGAUCGCGACUUCAUACUGCCAGACGAAACGAACCCACCGAGUAAUCCUGAUAAAAACGGAAAUCCAUCGCUUGUACUCCCGGGGCUUGUUGGGUCUGCCUCGGAGCCGCGACAAAGGUCGACAUCGAGCGAACAAGUAAAACACUCGGGUUUCACACUCAGUCCCAACAUGGCACAUGCACCAUCUUUUGGUGAUCACCCUAUCAUUACUGCCCCUAAGAGCCCAGGAUUGCCCAUCAGUCCCAGACCGGAAGAUCGCCCCAUUGGCUCACCGUUGCCGCGCAUGCCGAGAGACAUGUCAAAUCCGCUGAAUUCUCUGCCUGUGUCUUCAGAUGCCAAUGUAUCAGGGUUAGCCCUCUCUGCACGUGGUGGAAAAUACCAAGAUUCGUUUGCUACGGGGCCAUCUACCCCCUCUGCGAUUGCAAAUGAGCCGUCAAGUUCAUUCGCCUUUGUUGACGCUACAAGCAGGUCUAUGCCAUCCAUAGAUUCGGCUGUCAGGGUAGACAGUCCACAGUCACUGCCCUCAACUUUGAGUGGGAUUUACCAGGGACUAGUGUCACCGGAUUAUCCAGAUCUUUUACUACCGCCUAACGCCCUUCCGUCGAUCCAAGUCAAGGUGUCGUCGUCACGCCUUCGGCCUUCGAGAAAUAGCUACAUGGCAUCCAAACCUUUUGAAGAAGAACCUGUUUUCACGCUGAGUAUCUUUUCGCGAUCGAAUAACUCAGAACUUUGGCGCAUUGAAAAGGUCAUUGCAGCUCUACCACUGCUUGAUCAACAAGUCAAACAGGUGUCUUCAUUCUCGGAGAAGUUACCUGACCGGUCCAUUUUUACUGGACAUUCUCCCGCGAAAGUUGAUGCUCGGCGUUCGGCAUUGAACUCCUACUUUGAAGCCCUUCUCAACACUUACAUGGACGAAAGAGCAGCCCUAGUGGUUUGCCAAUUUCUCUCGUCUCAUGCAAUCGAGGCUCGGGACGAUGAAACUAGCUUGCUAAAGGGUAGUAAUCAACCUGAGUCCGAACUGACUCGCGGUCAGGAUGGGAAACCUAGAAAGGAGGGGUAUCUGACCAAACGAGGAAAGAAUUUCGGAGGUUGGAAAGCAAGGUAUUUCGUGCUGCACGGCCCUGAGUUGAAGUAUUAUGAAUCGCCGGGAGGGGCCCAUAUGGGAACCAUCAAAAUUUACAAUGCGCAAAUCGGUAAACAGUCCCAAAACGGCCAGAACACCCCUCCCUCGGGUGUCGAGGAUGACACUGAUAACCAAUAUCGACAUGCCUUUCUCAUCUUGGAACCAAAGAAAAAGGAUUCCUCCGCACUUGUUCGUCACGUAUUGUGUGCCGAGAGCGAUGAAGAAAGGGACACAUGGGUCGAGGCGCUCCUAGAGCAUGUCGGCGGAAACCCGGAAGCCGAGGCCUCUAAACCUGCACCGCCCAAAGCGCAAGUGCAAGCACAAGCUUCGUCAAAGCCGACUUCCAACACACCUGGCAAGCCAAAACUAUUUGGAAAUGGGCCUAAAAAGGGCAACAGGGCACCCGAAAAUUCAGAGCUAGAUGGUGCAGACACUGUCCAAGGAUUCAGUUUUGAUAGUGCCGUUCCAGCAGAACCUCCGGUGUUUGGGCCAUCUAUCGAUCAGCCAAAUCCCAAACCUUCGUUGAUCACACCAGGACCAUCAACAGAUAACUCAGAAUUUGGCCAACUGACAAGCCCUAUUUCAGAGCAGGGCCAGUCCAGCAAGUUCAUAUCCGCGCCCACUAACGGUGCAGUCAUCCAAAAUGCCGGCGCCUGGGGCAACAAGGCAACAACGACCAGCACUAAAGAGAAGAAGCGCAGCAUCUGGGGUUUCCGUACAAGAUCAUCCUUUGAUCUCGCAUCCCAAGUUCAAGCCAAUUCCGACUCUCCAACAACACCGGUUCAAGGCAGUAGCCCGGGGUUCCCGAGAGAGCUUAUCCGGCCAGUAUUUGGGAUCCCCUUGGCUGAGGCAGUCCAGUUUUGUGCGCCACAAGGGGUCGAUGUGGCUCUGCCGGCAGUCGUUUAUCGCUGUAUAGAGUAUCUUACUGCCAAGAAGGCCGAGCUGGAAGAGGGUAUAUUCCGUCUGAGUGGAUCAAAUGUGGUUAUAAAGGGACUCAAGGAACGGUUCAAUACUGAAGGCGAUAUCGACUUUCUUGCUGAUGAGCAGUAUUAUGACGUCCAUGCCAUUGCCUCACUCUUCAAGCAAUAUCUUCGGGAGCUGCCCGCGACAGUUCUUACCCGCGAGCUGCAUUUGGAAUUUUUGCGUGUCCUUGACCUUAAGGAAAAACACAAGAGAAUCCAGGCCUUCAAUUUCCUUGUUUACAAACUCCCGAGACCGAAUUAUACAUUGCUACGGGCGCUGGUCCAAUUCUUAAUUGUCAUUGUCAACAACUCUGAUGUCAAUAAGAUGACUAUCAGAAACGUCGGGAUCGUUUUUGCUCCAACAUUAAAUAUCCCGGCACCUGUCUUCUCGAUGUUCCUGACUGACUUCGAAGACAUCUUUGAGCAUCCCCCGACUUCCAACUUGGGGACACUUGAGCCGAAUACCUAUAAUCCAAACUCCCCAGACGACAUCCGUUCCCCUCGUCGUCAGAUGUUCUCUGAUAUACCGACUCCCGCCUACAAUCAGACAACGUUCCGUCGAAACGUCGAUCCCCGGGAUGGUGCCAAUGACACCGGAUUUGUUUCCGUCCAACCGAGCUACGGGCAACAUUCAAACAGCGUCCCAGAGAAGCAUAACUCCAGCCGGUCGGGUUCGCCUGCCACCAAUAGCAUGCUAUCUCCCAGCAUGGACAAUUCCCAUUCGGCUAAAGCAAAGAGAAGAGAAAGUUCUUUUCUCUUCAUGGAGCUGAAUCAUCAGCAAUCCGAUGAUUUUUCUUGAGAAGUCGAAGCCCAUCAAUACGCUCCCGUACUAUCUAUCUACCUACCGUGGUCCCUGUCAUUCCUCCACACCCAAUAGGCGCCACGCAUUCCAUUCGCCAGACAAUGGGUCUGCUUAUGCGACAAAACCCAAUCAUGAUUUGAAUGAAUGUGAAAUGAAUUAACACAAGCCUAAAAAAACCUGGCCAGGAAC